CAAUAGAAAAGGAGGAGCUAGUCUCUUCUCUUCUUUCUGGACAAAGCCCUAAUAAUAAAAACAAGGAAGAAAUAACCAAUGGAGUAGUGUUAAUGUUAAAGAAGAGCUCAAAACCAACGGCUCUCUCAAAAAGUUGCUACAAAUGAAACCCAAUCUCCUAAACGCUGAUUCCUUUCUUAUUUUUAAUUCAUUAAGUUCACUAACAAGGAAUUCAAUUCCAUUUCCCAGAAAUUCAAUUCCACUCCCCAAUCAUUUUCUCUCCGUAAUAUCCCCACACCCCAACUCCUCAAGACCCUCUCGUUUAAUUCCAAUUUGCUCUUCUUCAAAUCCCACUAGAAAACAAUCCACUUCCACUAAUGAACAAGUGUCAUUGAAUUCAAAUGUUGAAGUUCUUGGUGCAGAUGAAUUGGAGAGGAACUUGAAUGUCCAAGUUGGGAAUCCAAUUGUUCCCAAUUAUAUUCAGUCAUGGACUAAGCUUAGUUUGAGUGAUCAAGCUUUCUUUCUCUUAUCUUUUAUUGCUUGCACGACUUCUAUAGCAUUUACAAGCCUUGUUGUUGCUGCUGUUCCAACACUCUAUGCAAUGGGGAAAGCAGCAACAUCUUUUUCGAAGCUAGCAGAUACAGCUCGUGAGGAACUGCCCAGUACAAUGGCUGCAAUUAGGCUUUCAGGCAUGGAAAUAAGUGAUCUUACAUUGGAAUUAAGUGAUUUGAGCCAAGAGAUAACUGAUGGGGUCAAUAAAUCAGCUCAAGCAGUUCAAGCAGCAGAAGCUGGAAUUCGACAGAUUGGUGCACUUGCUCACCAACAUACUAUGUCUAUGAUUCAAGAGAGGGCUAGUCUGCCAAUCAUCUCCCUGCAGCCAGUUGUUGCUGGUGCUGCAAAGAAGACUUCCCGUGCUGUUGGUCAAGCCACUAAGACCAUCAUGAAUAUUAUAUCACGAGGAGAAUUCAAUUCAGAGAAUGAAGAUGCGAGUGCAAUUGAUAGGGUGGAAAUAUAAGAGGUGUGGCUUCUUCUGGUUUGGACAAACACGUGUACAAGCAAUAGAUAACCAAGUUGUCUGCCUAAAGAAGGAAAAAAGACUGAAGGAAAUGCAAACUCUUUACAGCCACAACAGGGUUGCCUGGUGCGAGCUCUUCUACAAAUCUCUCUUAAAAUAUGAAACCCCACUUGUCUUCUUCUAGGGAGGUAGGAUCAAUGAGAUCCUUCCCAAUUCUUCUUCAUGGGAUACUGUUACUUUUGUUCAUGAUGUUCUGUUGCAUCGUUACGAGACAUGAAUCCUCGGCUUUCGUUAUGUUUGAAAUUCAGGGAAUCAUGCUGUGUACAUCAUGGCCAAGAAAGUAUCUCAAAAUUUAUCCUCUGUAGAGUAUUUAAAUAUAGUUCCUCCAUGUUUGCCAUGUGAUGUUAUGGAGGAGGAACAUGUUUAGUUUGAUCUAUACAUGGUUCUUUUAGCGCA